AUGAAUGAUAGUAAUAAUAAUAAGAGAUCAAGAGAUGAAAGGGCGGAGAUGUCUUGGGAGGCAGUAGAGAUAUUCGGCUUUGUCAAUCCUGUUGUACAGGAGGAGAUUGCAGAGAGUGGCAAGUUGACAAUGCCAUUAUACUUGGUACCAAGACUAAAGACAAUGGAGGACAAACGUGAGAAGAAGGAAAAGUUACAUAGAGAGUCACAGUACAAGAAGCAGGCUGGCUCAAAGAAGUCGCGAGACAUCCAUCUCUUUGAUAUACCAAAGGAGAACUGUAUAUAUGAUCAAUUCAUCCCUUUACACAAGCUAUGGUCGCAAUAUAUUGCAGAGGUCGCUGGUAGUAUCAAAGGACAGAUGCUUGUUGCCAAGCUGAUAAAAGCUGAUCUACACGGUGCCAUCAUCAGAGUUGUUCGAUCAAUGUGUCCUUCAUACAUUGGGCAGAAGGGCAUUGUCAUACAAGAGACAGAGAACACAUUCAAGAUGAUCAUGACCAACAACAAAGUCAAUGUAAUACCAAAGGCAAACAGUGUAUUCCAACUCAAUUGGAUGAAUAUGGAGAUAGAGAUAUACGGUGAUCACUUUUGUUAUAGAGGCAGCGAGCGAGCAAUCAGGAAAUUCAAACCAAAGAAGACAAUAGAAGUAGGCUAA